AUGCUCAGGAGACAGUUUUCAACUAGCAUACGUCUUUUGCAACAUUAUGAUGAUGCGCUUUUAUCAAAGUACUAUCCAAAAGAAUUAUUGAAAUCAAUCAAAUUAGCACAGGAGGUGAUACCAAGUAAUACGCAGUUCAAUGUUUCGCGCAAUGUUGAAUUCGCCUCUUCAUAUAUGGACGAUUUCAGCAAGCUCGACUCUUACUGGGAUUAUAAACCAGGUAUGCCACACAUCCAUUCGCAGGAGGACGAUCUAAUUAGAAACGCGAUCUAUGAUUGGAGCAAGGUGCAGCAACCAUUGCCAGGCAACGGUCAUCAGCUUCCUCCGGGUGUUUCAUUACCGUCUGCGGACGGCCGCUCAUCCAAGACAUUGGAUGUUGCGAGAGGUCUGCAAAAACAAACAGGUGUCGACGUAAAUUAUAUAACAAGGAAACUGGUCAUGAAGCCGUUGAUCAUGAAGCGUGUGUCAAACCAAACCGGGAAAGGUAAAAUUGCGUCUUUCUACGCUCUAGUGGUUGUUGGUGAUCGCAAUGGUAUGGUAGGUCUUGGCGAAGGGAAAUCUCGUGACGAAAUGUCAAAGGCUAUUUCCAAGGCUCAUUGGGAUGCAAUCCGUAACCUAAAAGAGAUUCCUAGGUACGAAAACAGAACCAUUUAUGCCGAUAUAGACUUCAGAUAUCAUGGUGUAAAAUUACACUUAAGGAGUGCAAAACCAGGCUUCGGUCUCCGGGUCAACCAUGUAAUAUUUGAAAUAUGCGAAUGCGCGGGUAUUAAAGAUCUUAGUGGGAAAGUCUACAAAUCGAGGAACGACAUGAAUAUUGCAAAAGGAACAGUUGAAGCCCUCGUCGGCGCUCAAAAGACCCUUGAAGAAAUAGCAUUAGGGAGAGGUAAGAAAAUCGUAGACGUUAGAAAUAUCUACUAUUCAGGUUAA